GCCGCGCCGCCAGCUCCGAAGAGGACAGAGGCAAGGACAGGACGCCCUCAUCCCCAAUCCUGGCCAGAACUGCGGCGUCUGGGUGUUAGUACUGGGAGAGGGGCCAGGGGAUGGGUACCUGGGAGAGAGGGCGGUAGGACCCGGCGGGAAGCUUCCUUGGCCAGGGAGGGAACCGGGCGGGAGGAAAGAGGGAGGGAGAGAGAAAACGGGAAGGUGAUGGGGAGCGGGCGUCCGCACUUGCUGAGCCGCACGAGUUGCACGGCUCAGGCAGACCGGACCUGGACUCUAUAAAAGGAGCCCAUCUGCUCUGCUGUUCACUCGCUCCUCCCGGGCUGGCGCACGCAUUGUUCUCCCGGCUCCCCAAGACACCUGCCCCUUACCCGCGUGCCGCGCCAGGUCCCCCAGACCCGUGCGCCCAGCAGCAUGGCUCCAAGCGGUAACUCUGGGACCGAGGUGGCGGCGGCGGUGGCGGCGCAUAGCGAGCAGCCGCAGCCCCAACCCCUGAAUCCCCCCUCUUGCGGCCCCGUCUCCGCGGGGCAGCUCGCCGGAGUGGCCAGCGCGUGAAAAGAAGGGAGGGCAGAGCCCCGGCGCGAGGCGCGGCGCAGCGCAGCUCCCAGACUUCACCCCACCCAGCUCUGGCGGCCGAAGCCUCCGCAGGAAACUGCCCCAGUCUGGGGAGGGGGGCGGGAAUGCACGACCAGGACUCCUGGCUGGCCUGCAAGCUUUGGUCUCCACAGCUAGGAAACUCCUGCGGGCCGAUUCUGCAGAUCAAGAAGCGCCCGGGUUAGGAGACUCAGCCCCGAGCAAUUGGGGUAAGAGACCCUACCUGGCUGAUGCUCCCUCCUCAAACAAUACAUCGCCCUCCGGCACUAGACGCCUAGGUGGGAUUCGGAGUGGCUAGACGCCUAGGUGGGAUUCGGAGUGGCUAGACGCCUAGGUGGGAUUCGGAGUGGAGCGGGUCUCGGUGGGCCAGUCCUUAGCAACCCAGGGCUACGACGGGGCGUGGAGAGGAGCAGGCAGGGACGCGGCUGCAGCGCCUGGCGCACUGGAAGUGCAGAGGACGCGCUCGCCUGCCUAGGCUGCCGCGCCCUUGACCUCUAGUUUCAGCAGGGAAUCUGGGUGGAGGAAUAAUUUAGGAGCCCACGGAACUGACUAGCAACCGGGAGACAAGACUGUGGUCUCCGCGGUCCUUCCGCCCUUUCCCUCGUUUGCUCCAUGCCCAAGAGCUGCGCUCCAGAGCCGUGCCGGCGAGGAGAGACAUGGAAGACACCGGCACUCAGUGCGCCCCGCCGCCGCCCGCGGGCUCCCAGACCGGGGUUUCUCAAGCCAAUCUCUCCUCUGCUCCCCACAACUGCAGCGCCGAGGGCUACAUUUACCAGGACUCCAUCGCCCUGCCCUGGAAAGUACUACUGGUCAUGCUGCUGGCACUCAUCACUUUGGCCACCACGCUCUCCAAUGCUUUUGUGAUCGCCACUGUGUACCGGACCCGGAAGCUGCAUACCCCAGCCAACUACCUGAUCGCCUCCCUGGCGGUCACCGACCUGCUCGUAUCCAUCCUGGUGAUGCCCAUCAGCACCAUGUACACGGUUACCGGACGCUGGACGCUGGGCCAGGUGGUCUGUGACUUCUGGCUGUCGUCGGACAUCACCUGUUGCACCGCUUCCAUCCUGCACCUCUGUGUCAUCGCCCUGGACCGCUACUGGGCCAUCACGGACGCUGUGGAGUACUCAGCUAAAAGGACUCCCAAGAGGGCCGCGGUCAUGAUCGCGCUGGUGUGGGUCUUCUCUAUCUCCAUCUCGCUGCCGCCCUUCUUCUGGCGUCAAGCCAAAGCCGAGGAGGAGGUGUCGGACUGCGUGGUGAACACCGACCACAUCCUCUAUACGGUUUACUCCACGGUGGGCGCUUUCUACUUUCCCACCCUGCUCCUCAUCGCCCUCUACGGCCGCAUCUAUGUGGAAGCCCGCUCCCGGAUUUUGAAACAGACGCCCAACAGGACCGGCAAGCGCCUAACCCGAGCCCAGCUGAUAACCGACUCCCCCGGGUCCACGUCCUCAGUCACCUCUGUUAACUCGCGGGCUCCCGAUGUGCCCAGCGAAUCCGGGUCCCCUGUGUACGUGAACCAAGUCAAAGUGCGAGUCUCCGACGCCCUGCUAGAGAAGAAGAAACUCAUGGCCGCUAGGGAGCGCAAAGCCACUAAGACCCUGGGGAUCAUUUUGGGGGCCUUUAUUGUGUGUUGGCUGCCCUUCUUCAUCAUCUCCCUGGUGAUGCCUAUUUGCAAGGAUGCUUGCUGGUUCCACCUGGCCAUUUUUGACUUCUUCACGUGGCUGGGCUAUCUCAACUCCCUUAUCAACCCCAUCAUCUAUACCAUGUCCAAUGAGGACUUCAAACAAGCAUUCCAUAAACUGAUACGCUUUAAGUGCACAGGUUGACUUGUCAGUUGCAAUGGGGUAGCCUGAGCGGCCUUUGGGGACCAUGUUGUGUCUGGUUCCACAGGUAGGUCGACUCUUCUUUCACUGUUACUGGGUCGGAUUGAGGCUCUGUCUUCCGGGCAAGGGCAAUGGAUCCUGAGAAGCCAGGACAGCCCUGAGAGAGAGCUCUGAGAGGAGAACUGUUCAAACUAAAGAUAGAGCUUCCCUGCUAAGAGGCUCACUUCCUCCCCUCAAACCCCAGGUCCAGCACUGACCUUGCGGCAGCCAAUCACAAGGGAGAGCUGUAACUUUUUAAAAAUCAGUGAUGGAAGGGGGAUCCCUGCCCUGCUUUGGUAUCAUGGAUCAUGCCCUCUAGAACCCGUGGUACUUGUAGUUGUCUGAAGCCUGUCUGAGACAGAUCUACAUACAGCCUGGCAGUACUUGAACUAGUACUAGUUUUGGGGAGAACUUUGUGUUACAGCUUCAUUUAAGAAGAGUUAUUUUGGCAUCCUUCAGUCUCCAGUUUUUGUUUAUUUAAACUUGGUUGGAGAAACUUGUGGAUUUGGUGCUUCAAAUCUUCUGUGUGGCUUGGAUGAUGCAGAGAAACCUUGAAGAGUUAACAGCAAAAUUCUGAUGUUAAGAUCUCUAUUUUUAUUAUAGUUGAAACUA